AUGUCUGUCGAUCGGCUGGUGAGACAGGUGCUCCAAGGAGAGGGUAGGGAAAAGGUGGAUGGGGCAGCAGUGGAAGCCUCGCCAGAGGAAGCCUCGCCAAUGGAGCACGUGAAUGGCGUGGCAAGCACGCCAGCACAGCACCGCGCCAGUAGAGCACGUGAAUGGCGUGGCAAGCACGCCGGCACAGCAUUGUCUCCUCUCCUGGGCUGGUGCUCAUGGGCUGCCCCACGCACACAGGCGCCAGUAGAGCACGUGAAUGGCGUGGCAAGCACGCCGGCACAGCACCGUCUCCUCUCCUGGGCUGCGCAACGCCGCUGUCCCCUCCUCCCCCCCGCCGCGACCCCCUGUCGCCGCCUCCCCUUCUCGCCGCCGCGCCUGAUUCGGCGCCGCCUGCGCAUCCUGCCGCCGCGACGCCUCGUCGCCGCCUGCCCGCUGCCCGUCCCUCCGCCGCGACGUCACGUCGCCGCGUUCCCGCCGCCGCGCCUGCUACGGCGCCGCCUGCGCAUCCUGCCGCCGCGACGCCUCGUCGCCGCCUGCCCGUCCCUCCGCCGCGACGUCUCGUCGCCGCGUUCCCGCCGCCGCGCCUGCUUCGGCGCCGCCUGCGCAUCCUGCCGCCGCGACGCCUCGUCGCCGCCUGCCCGUCCCUCCGCCGCGACGUCUCGUCGCCGCGUUCCCGCCGCCGCGCCUGCUACGGCGCCGCCUGCGCAUCCUGCCGCCGCGACGCCUCGUCGCCGCCUGCCCGUCCCUCCGCCGCGACGUCUCGUCGCCGCGUUCCCGCCGCCGCGCCUGCUUCGGCGCCGCCUGCGCAUCCCGCCGCCGCGACGCCUCGUCGCCGCCUGCCCGUCCCUCCGCUGCGACGUCACGUCGCCGCCUCCCCUUCCCGCCGCCGCGCCUGCUUCCGCGCCGUCUGCCCGUCCCGCCGCCGCGACAGCUCGUCGCCCCCUGCCCAUCCUCCACCGCGACCGCGCCAUCCCCGCCCACACUUCCUGCCGCCGUGACUGCCCCGUCGCCGCCUGCAGAUUCAGCCGCAACUGCACCCUCCCUUCCUCCUCUCCCUACUCCUCUCCCCCCCCCUCCCCCUCCCCCUGCGCCCCUCGUUGCCGCGGCCUGCCUGCCGCCGCCGUCCCUCGUUUCGCCGCCGCGGCCCUUCCGCCGUCGCAUGCGCCCCUCGUCGUCGCGGCCUGCUCGCCGCCGCCGCCCCCGACUUUGCCACCGCCUCCCCUUCCCGCCGCCGCACGUUCGCACAGCCGCCUGCGCCCUUCGGCAGCAGCAGCGGCAGCAGGGGAAGUGCAGCAGCCUCCGCAGCAGCAACUUCACCCUUGGCCGCCGCGGGUCCACCCGCCGUCGCCCAUCAUGACUGCUACCCCCCCUGCCCCUCUCCCCCCUCCUCACUGGAGCAGUCCGGAUCAGCAACAGCAGGGGCAGCAGCAGCAGCAGCAGCCGGAUCAGCAACAGCAGGGGCAGCAGCAGCAGCAGCAGCAGCAGCAGCAGCAGCAGCAGCGGGAGCAACACCAGCAACGGCAGCAGGGGCAGCAGCAGCAGCAGCCGGGGCAGCAGCAGCAGCAGCAGCAGCAGCAGCAGCCGGAGCAGCAGCAGCAGCAGCAGCAGCCGGGGCAGCCGCAUCAGCAGCAGCCGGGACAGCAGCAGCAGCAGCAGCAGCAUCAGCAGCAGCAGCACCAGCAGCAGCAGCGGCGCCGCGCCAGUAGAGCACGUGAAUGGCGUGGCAAGCACGCCGGCACAGCACCGUCUCCUCUCCUGGGCUGGUGCUCAUGGGCUGCCCCACGCACACAGGCGCCAGUAGAGCACGUGAAUGGCGUGGCAAGCACGCCGGCACAGCACCGUCUCCUCUCCUGGGCUGGUGCUCAUGGGCUGCCCCACGCACACAGGCGCCAGUAG